GUCGUUUCGAUUCAGCUGAGGACCCUUCUCCUUAAAUGUGUCAGCAUGGCUUAAUGCUCCCUCUCCCUCUCUCUCUCUCUCUCUCCACUUUUCAUUCACUCAAGCAAGGUAUCGGUGCCUUCCUCUCUUGAGUUGCUGUCUCCCUCACUCUCCGAGUCGUGAACGACGCUAUAACCCACCCGAACGACUCCGAAGUCCGUUAUUUGCGAACACCGUGGAAAUGUAUACUUGAGCAGUAAUGGUUUUCGUCUUUCGUCGCUUCCUGACAACAUACGGGACAGUCUGCACUUUUCCGAUAUCCGAAAUGAUGUAAUUCGGAUAUUUUCUCUGAAAUUUGUGAUCAGACAGGCACCACUGAGGGAUUUUUUCAGCGCUGCAUUAGCGAGAGGAAUUCAUGUUGAAGAGGGGUUUCCUCUGGCGCGCUUAACCAAGUGUGCGAUUUGAAGAGGGAUGCGUCGUUUUAUUGAAGACUCUGCUUUGCCAAACACAUUGCCAACACUAAUUUCAUUUAUUGGGCAAAGUAUUAAGGAUCGAAAUACCGCUUGUUGUGGAGAUAUUUUGUGUCUUUAAACUACAUGUACAUUAGGUAUUGAUAUUUUUCAGUUGCUGCAACUUUAGCGGCAUUAGUCCGAGACAACAUAUCUACGUGUCCGUGAACGGAGGGGGAUUCCUGAUUUAAAAUUGUCACUCCCGCCUCCUCGCCUCCCCCAGUUUCCUACCGGAGAACUUCGAUCUUAAACAGCGCCUUGGCUGCCUACCUGACCGGCCUACACCAGAGCACGGUGGUUCAAACUUCGAAGUAAUGAAAUUGACAACAUCAGUCGGAGCGGGGCGUAUGUUAUUUCAAGCACUCCCAUGCCACCAAUAACGAGGACUCAAGGACAGGAAUGUGGCAGAAGCGGUUUCUGGAAACGUGCUGUAGCGAUUUCAUCGUCGUAUUUCUGGGAAGACUGGAUUAAGUUCUCGAAAACAAACCAGCUGCAUGUGUCCCUACUUGUCCCGAGGGUUGUGAGAAGAGCAAAGGAGGAAUGCUGGUCCGAGAUAAAUUAUCGCUCAGAUUAAGUUUUUGGCCUUCUCUGUUUGGUCAUUGUCUUCUCACUUCAUUUUUUCUUUUCAUUCAGUGCACUGUGGGUGAGCUGCAGAAGUCAUGCACACGGGCGGCGGAGAAGGUGAGCGAGAACUGUCCUGUGGCCUGCCAGUGUAGACCCUACCCUCCUCUACCUCCCCCACCUCCACCACCACCGCCCCCCAGACUGCUGGUCAUCACAGUUUCAGAAUCCAACGUGCCCCCGAUGGAGCCCUGGUGGAAGGAUACGGUGGUUCUGGGGACGGUGGGAUGCGCUUCGGUGGCCUUCCUCCUCUUAACUGCCCUCAUCUGUUACAAAGCCAUAAAGAGGAAACCACUGCGGAAGGAGGAGAAUGGGACGAGCCGGAGGGAGUACGCCAUGAGCUCCCGCAGCAAGAAGUUGGUGGACACCAACAACACUGGAGUGUAGGAGGUCCAUGACCAGGAAGAGGAACACGCCUCUCCUGUUAACUAAGCAACACCCCUCUUCCCAACACAGUGGGGGAAUGGGGAAUGAGGAGUUCUGAACCAUCAAUGCACCUGUGAAUUAAUGCUCUUGGAAAACAAAAAGGAGGAUUAGGCAAACAGAAAAAGAAAGAGGCAUGUAUGGUACUGUAUCUAAAUCUCCAGAAUAUAUUGGAGAAAGACAGUCCAACAGUCCACAGUUUAUAUGCAGGCCAGGCAUCACCAUUCUGAGCAAGGAGUCAGCUGGGGACGUGCUGACAGCUGCCAGCACAGAGAAAGAGGCUGGCCAGCCCAUGUGACUUUGCCGAGACACUUCAGCGGACACGAACAAUAGAUCAUGGCUGCAAAAAAAAGAGUGUGCGCUUUCUCGCUUGUUUGGAUCCCUCUUGUCUGUCUCUGCACUGCUUUCUGUAGGUUUCGUGCCAUGCCUGUCUUCCCGCCUUGCCUGCGACGUUUGCCGCGUGGAAGCAAGCGGUGAGCGGUCUGCUCGGGCUUCGCUUUCCGAGAUCGCAGCGAAGUAAUAACGAGGAUUACCUCCUAAACCUGGCAACCAAAAAUAUGAAUACAUAAAUAAGUGAAUAAUAGGUGACAAAACAAACGAACACCCUGACAGUAAGGAAAUGAGGACUAUGCAAUUUCAAAAGGGAACAAGAUCGUGUGCAAAAAAGGUUUACGCAUAGCUGGGAGUGCAGAGGUCCUUUCGAUGUCCAGUGUAACACCUUGGUGUUUAAUGACUGUUGUAUUUCAAACCUGGGCCACCGUUGAAACUGCCAUGACAAUGCACGGCUGGAUGAAUAAUGUUCGUUACUAUUCUCGCAUUCAUACAAACGCAUCCUCUCUUCCAGCUGUCGCCAGGACGCUUUUUGCACUUUUGUACUGUUCAGUCUCGGCCGGUCCUUGUUUCCUGUACAUAUGU